AAAAGAAAGUUUUGAGAAAAUGAGCUCCAAAGUCGAAAUAAAAAAAAAAAAUCAGUGUGCUUAUACCCUACAAUUGAUACAAUAUCAUAGGUAGCACAGAGGUAUGACUUAGAUAAUAACAACUUAUACAAUUGAAAAUAUUCAAUAAAAAGGGGGUAGGGGUCAAAAAUGUGGGAUAGCUCACUUUACGUCUCAAGGGCACAAUUAAUGGACUCGGUUCAACGUUUGCUUCUUGCUGAAAAAGACAUUUGUGCACUGGAAAGCAAAUGGUCUGCAUUUCAUGCCUCCCAUUCACCCAUCCACACACUCAUCCACACACCGGUGGCGGAGGCUGCCAUGUAAGGUGCCAACCUGCUCACCGGGCGCAAUUCGGGGUUCAGUGUCUUGCUCAAGGAGGCUUUGAUGGGGUCAGGAGGAACCAGGGCUCGAACCUGCAACCCUCCGGUUGCUGAACAAUAGCACUACCUCCUGCGCAACCAUCUUCCCCCAACACGGCUGUCUAUUUUAUACUUGUUAACACAUGGUCACAUAUGCUGAGAUUUGAUUUAAAGAAACCCUUCCAAUGUUUGUAAACACUUUCCCGCAUUAAAGCAAUAAUUGCAUGUCCGGGCUGUAAAAUUGUCUUUAUCUAUGGUUGCCUCUCCUCUUUAUCUCAGCCCAUGUCCCUAUGGGUCCCUGUAACCCUUAUCUCUGCACAGCUUCAUUGCCUAACCGUUAUGGUACCUCAGCCAGAGUGACACGUUGCCCCUCACCAGUGAUUGCCCUUGGCCAAAACAUCUGUCUAGCAGGAACAGCUUUGGGGGGGGGGGGGGGGGGGGCUAAGUCUGCGUAGAGGUGUGCGGCUUAAUCUCUGAGGAACACACGCCCUCCAUGUACGUCCCCAGGGCUGGAGGUUCAGUGCAAGGGUCAAAAACCAGAGCUGGGGUAAAUCUCUGGGGGAAGAAAGGGCUAUGAAGCCAAAAAGGUACCCGUGCUAAACACCAAACACAGGGAGCGUACAUUAAAAAAACAAAGCAAAACAAAUAUUAUAUCAGUCACUUUUUUGGAUGUCAGGAGUUUCUGUUACUGUGCAUGUGGUUACAGUUUAUUUUCAUGGUUUGGUUGCCAGUCUUUUGAUUUUAUGUGGGUGGGUCUCCUUUAGUUGUGGGUUUUGCAUCAUUUCUUGCUCGGGGCAGGAGAGAAUGGCCUUCAAACAGCUGGUAAGGUCUGAUUACAUCUAUCCUGAUGAACAAAAGGGGACUGGCGGCGGAACAGCCCAGAAAUUAAUACACAUCAUCUGCAGGAACACCCAGACUUACUCAAGAUUACUUUCCAUCAAGAAAUCUGCUGGCCUUCAUGUUUACUUAUGUUUCUUAUUUGGCCACAGCUGCUCUCGAGAUAAAUCACGUUCGAGGCUGGGAGGUUUAUUGUCUGUGGGAAAAGAGAAAGGGGAAGAAGUGUCUUCGCAUGUGCGUCUAACCCCAACCCAAAUGUGCUUUUUCGGAGAGGGGGGCGCCUUCCUGGCCCUGAAACCAAACAACGACGAAAUGAUCACACAUACGUGGAAAAUAAAGUUGUCCAGUCAGUUCUCAAAGUCUAGGACAAACAGGCAGGAGAGUGAGACAUCUGGAUAGCCUCUCUGUCUCGUGUUCACCCCACCGAGCUUCCUGUUAUGCCUCGCUUCGGUAACAGUAAAAGUUCAGACUCUGCCUCAGCCGCCAUAGCUGGAAAAAGCGCAGCACCGUUGCGUUCUCUGACAUGAGGAUAAUGCUCUGCUUUCUGGGAAUGUUUCUGUCUGUAGCCUUGGCUUCCAGCAAUGAGACGAUGAAAGAUCCUAUCUGUCCGUCAUGCAACCACGAGUCAUGUGACUUCGGUGAAUGCUACAAGGAUUUUGUUGUAAUGAAAUGCCUUCCGAGCUUUGUAAGCAUUUUGACGCAUUAUAAUAACAUAGAAAGGUGCACAUGGGACACCAUAAAACGAUCUUACACUGAAUUCACCAUGUGUACCGAGCUGUACGCCGACUCCCUCAGGGUCCCGUGGCCCAACCAGCUGGUGGAGGACAUCUUCGUGGAGAUUCACGCCACCUUCUUCCAGGAUUGUCUGGUCACUGAAUUAUACGACCCUCCUCCCAGUAUCAUCUUCGUCCUCGUGAUGACUCCAAUCUGCCUCAUACCCAUCAUGGUCACCUUGGUGGUGCUGAAGACCAAAAACGGCGACAGCACCUCCUGAUCGCCGCAAGAACUCGAGCCCCAUCCUUCCCGCUACUUCCUUCACUCAGGCGACCAUAUGGCCCACAGGGAACCAAAUUACCGGCCCAUGAGGUCUUCUGCUACUUCACACAUCUUAUGUGACCGCGGCUCCGUCAUUCUACUUUUAUACUCUGAAUGAGCCUUCAGACCUUCUACGUUCUGCCUUGAAGUACCCUACGAAAAACAUGUCAGGUCAGCUCUUUGGCGGAGAGUCAAUUCAUUACCGUCCACUCUACGGUUAAUGGAUUUGAUGCAAGCAAGAUAGCUGCUUUUUUCACUUUAAGGUGCAAUUCCAACAAUAGAACAAAGCCAGGUCUAUCAAUUGUCCAAAACAGCAAAAAAAAAAAAAUCCAUUAACCAUUUUUUUGUUGUGGAUACAUCGUUAUGGCUAUCACUCUCAAGCUCAGCCUGGUCUUCCCCUGGCCACAGAAGUGAGUGAUGAGGUAUCGACAAAUAGGGGACAGGACAGGAUUCUUCAGGUGUCAUUCUUGAAUGAUCUCCAUCAGCCGACAUCUGACUGGCCAGUCGUCUCAGUCAUUUAACGACGUGUGCUAAAAGCAUUAAUGGAUUGUACACCAAACUAGAUCUGAUGAACGAGGAGCCAGUUUUGGCUUUUAGAUUUGAAUUGCUAAAUGUUUUUUUGUUUUUUCGGAUACUGGUGGUAACCCCAAGGACAGCCAAAAUAUACUUGGAGUGUUGCAUCAGACAAAUGACAAGAGCUGGAUGGCUUGCGUGUAUUUAAGCAACUCAAAGAUCAUUUCAUGGUUUUGACCCUUUAAGGCAGUGGUUCUCAAACUCGGUCCUCGGGACCCACUGCCCUGCUUGUUUUCCAGCCAUCCCUGCCCUACACACUGCUGAUUAUCUGGAUCAGGUGUGUUCUGUCAAUCAGAAGCUGAAGGACAGCUGGGACUCGUGUGUGGGGCAGGGAUAGCAGGAAAACAAGCAGGGCAGUGCGGCCCAAGGACCAGGUUUGAGAACCACUGAUCUAAGGGAUAGUGAAUAUUUCCUUUGCUACCCGCACUUGAAAUUCUUAUGGCCUGUAAGCAGUGCUUAAUUUGUGCAGGAGUUCAGAGCAGUCUGCACUACACCAGCUCAAACGUAAAAUUAAUAAUAGUUAAACUUUGGAACAAAUUGGCCUACACACUUAGCUAAAGAAAUGUAUAUUUAUAAAAUCAACUGUGCUGUAUUUUUUUGACAUACAUCCACCUAAAUUAAUGUGUUUCACUUAUUCGACUUUUGAUUUGAAAGAGAAAAGUCACACCACCUGCAUACAGUAAAAUCCACUUUUUGGCCCCUAAUAUAGGCCAAGGUGAGAUUAUCGUCUAGACCAUUAAACUCACCUAACAGGCUAAGUCAUCUUACAGUGUGAUGGAACUAUCAGAUGUAGAUAGCAAACAUUGCCAGAUGUUUAAGUAGUUAAUAGCGCAUUAUCGUUAAGACUGAUUUAUCUAGGUGACGUCAUUCAAAGUUAGCGCUGCUGCAGCUUCUCAUGUAACGGUGAUCGCAGUUGGUCUCUGGGCUCUUAAUGAGCUCCGACACCUCGGAGUUGACAAACUAAGCACUGCCUGUAACCUUAGCUUCCGCUAUGAAUUUUUAAUUAUUAUUACCACCCCCCCCCCCCUAGUAUAACUUUGUAAAACAGAAAUGCUGGCAGCUUUUCUACUUAAAUUGUUUAAUAAGCUUGACACCUGAGAAGCUGUCGGGUUUUUCAGUAAAAUCGCACAUAUGAGGACCAAUGUAUAUUUUCAAGAGAGCUAUAGAAGACAAUAGCAGGAAGAUUAGGGUUUCCUGCCUUUGUCUCCGGACCAGCAUCCUGCCCCAGGGCUGCAGUACGCCAGUGAAUACAUUCCAGAAUAUUCGUCCAGGCAUAAUGUUGUACCUUAAUGAGCAGAAGGCUUUUAAGACAAUUGGUAUUUCUGCCAUGUUUUUCAGUUUUUUUAUUUGUUAGCAAAUACUGUUGAAAUAAAAAAACGUAUAUUAAACAA